ACUGUUACCUGAGACGUUUACAUAAAUGAUCCACUCGUUUCAGAGCGACAGUCGGAGCGAGACGCUGCCCGGAGAUCAGACCUCAGAGGCUCCACACCUCACCUGCUCUCUUCAACAUUCUUCUCGUUCCUUCUGAAGAUUCACUCUCACUCACUCAUCAUCUAUACCGCUUUAUCCUGUAUUCAGGGUCACGGGGACCUGGAACCUAUCUCAGGAGGCUUAGGGUACACCCUGGACAGGGUGCCAAUCAAUCGCAGGACACACACACACACACACACGCACACACACACACACACUACAGGCAAUUUGGGAACGCCAAUUAGACUAACCUGCAUAUCUUUGGACUGUGGAAGGAAACUGGAGUAACCGGAGGAAACCCACCAAGCACAGGGAGAACAUGUAAACUCCAUGCACACUGAGACGGGAAUCGGACCUGGCUGGGAAUCGAACCUGGACCCUAGAGGUGCAAGGCGACAGUGCUUCUAAAGAUUCAACUUACUAAAGAAUCAUCUUGACCUCCUGAACGUCUAAACUCAUUACAUUACAUUACAUUUCAGUUUCUUACCAACUUCCAAGAUCACCAACUUCUAAACCAUCCACAUUAUUCCGACUCUUUUACGACUUCACUCCCAAACUUCACUUCAUCUGCAGGAGAAAUGCUCGAGGUUUCUCCGAGCUCAGAGUUCUCCAGCUUCGGUCCGGUGGAGCCGCAGAGGGCGAGCAGGUCAGACGGCUCUCAAAGGCGUCGCUCUUCUUCUUUUUCUGAGACGUCAGAUGUGCUCGAGUUCCAAAGGAACUUCCUCAGACCUCGGUCCAGAUCCUUCUACACCUUGGAUCAAAACAAAAACAGCGAAGCUUUACACGGGGACAAGAGGGGAAACCUUCACAAAAAAACAGCAUCAAAACCAGGAAGCAAACAUCUAAGGAAAGAUCAUGGAGGUCCCAGAGGGAACCCUAAAAACCUCCCGAUGCUAACCAUCACAGAACCGGACAGCUGGGAGAUCAGAUCUUCUGCGAGCAUGAGAUACGGUCACUACGUGGACUGGGAGAAAAUCAACCCAGAAGCUGCCUCUCGCUUCCGGAAAGUUCUUUGCAGCGAUCACAUGGAGCUGAAGGAAAUUGCUCGCUCGGGAUUCUGGGUGACGCCACACACACUGCAGGCCAAGUCCUACCAGCACCUCAUCCAGCGCAUCGAGAGCACGUCCAGCGCCGAGGACUCAGAGACGUAUCGCCGUCUGGCAGCCAGGAUGUUCGAGGAUGGCGGCAGCAGCACUCAUCCUUUCCCCAGGUUCAUGGAAGACGGUGAGAUCCCUCGCUACUGCCUCAACAAAUCAGGCCUGAACUCAGUAAAGAAGAUCCUCCUAUGUGUGAGCGAGAGCUUCCCAGAGAUAACCUUCUGCCCCAUUUUGCCGGCCCUGGUGUCUCUGCUGCUUCACUACAGUGAGGACGAGGCUCAGUGCUUCCACAGCAUCAGCUCGCUGGUGAGGUUUACAGAUCCACAAAAGCGUUACAUCGAUCAGAACUUCGUCACCACCCACGCGUCCUGCAUGACCUUCGGGGACUUGGCCAACAAGUACUGCCGGGGAAUCCGUAAGCUAAUCGCUAGCUCCCACCAGAGCCUGUUCGAGUUCUACUCUGACUGGAUCAUGUGGAUUUUUGCCGACCUGCCUUUCAGCUAUGCCGUCCGCGUGCUGGACAUCUACCUGGUCGAGGGCUACAAGGUUCUGUACCGUGUAGCUUUAGCGCUCCUCAGUCUCUACAAGGUCUCUGUGAGCUCUCGACUGGCCCACGUGGAGGAUUUCAAGCAGGACAUGAAGGGGUUUGUGGAGAACGUGAGCCGCCAUAGUAGCGUUGACGCGCUGCUUCAGAGAGCCUUUAGCAUCCAGCUGCCUACGCGCAAGGAGCUAAACUUCCUCUACAACGCUAACAAGCAAGCGCUAAUCAGGAAAGGGAUCGAGCAUGAGAGCUCCUAUCAGAGUGUGGAUUUGGGACGUUUUGUCUCCAGCGUGGUGUCUGAGACGGAGAUGCGAGUGGUGUGGGCCUGGAUCCCAGAGCGCUUCUCUCUCUUCAACCCACAACGUCUCUACAGCACAGAGGAACACGGCCGAGAACUCACAGAGUUUUACGCGCAUGUUGAAGGCCGCGAGCCGACAGUGUUGAUCCUGAGGACGGUGGACGAGGAGGUAUGUGGAGCGUUUUUGUCCUCAGACUGGUCUCUGAGGAGACGUGAGGGAGUGAAGCUGCGGUGUUUCGGCACUGGAGAGUCUUUCGUCUUCACCCUGAAGCCGGCGAUGGAGCGAUACCAGACAUCAGUGCUGCACAUCACAGAGACCACAGGAGGGAAGGAAUCCUCUUCCUCUCACUCAGCUUCCACUUCCUGUGACAUGAUGACAUCAUCCUGCACUGGGUGCCCUGCAGUGACCCCCUGCUUCAUGAGCGGAGAUGACAACAUGCUGUUUAUUGGUGGAGACAGAGGACCUGCUCUGUGUCUCAGUACAGGUCUCACAGUGGGACGGUCUGAACGCUGUGACACGUUUGACAGUCCCGUCCUCUGCAGGGGCAAAUUCAGGAUCCAGAGUCUUGAAGUCUGGGGAAUUCACUCUGAUACAUUCUAAAGAUUUAAACACAC